GGGCACGGCUGGGCAGCGGCCGCAGCGGCGACAGCGACAGCGGCCACAGCAGCAGCAGCAGCAGCAGCAGCAGCGCGCCCCGCCGCCGACAUGGUGUCCCCCGUCACCGUGGUGAAGAGUGAAGGCCCUAAACUGGUCCCGUUCUUUAAAGCCACUUGUGUCUAUUUUGUCCUCUGGCUGCCAACUUCCAGCCCCUCCUGGUUCAGUGCCCUCAUUAAAUGUCUGCCCAUCUUUUGCCUGUGGGUUUUCCUUCUGGCUCAUGGGAUUAACUUCUUAGUGUCACACCGGAGUGCCAGCCGCAUCCUAGCAGGACUCAUAUUCUCGGCAGUGGGAGAUGCCUUUCUCAUCUGGCAGGAGCAAGGCUACUUCAUUCAUGGUCUGCUGAUGUUCGGCAUCACGCACAUCCUGUACUCUUCAGCCUUUGGCAUGAAGCCUUUGGACCUCAAAGCCGGCUUGCUGAUGGGCAUCGUUUCCAGCUCCUGCUACGCCUUCCUGUACUCCUACCUCUCGGGCCCCUUCACCUACCUGGUGGCCGUCUACAUCGCCCUCAUCGGCUUCAUGGGCUGGCGCGCGGUGGCGGGCGUGCAGCUCUGCAACGACCUGUGGACGUGGACCAAGCUGUCGGCCUGCGUGGGUGCCAUGCUCUUCAUGGUGUCAGACCUGACCAUCGCGCUCAACGAGUUCUGCUUCCCCGUGCCCUACUCGCGCUUCAUCAUCAUGGCCACCUACUAUGCGGCCCAGAUGCUGAUCGCGCUCUCGGCCGUGGAGACCAGGGAUGAGGAGGACUUCAGGAAGAGGAGCUAGGUGGAGUGCCAAUGGUCUCUGAACACAUGGGUUAUAUCUCAGGUGCUGUAGCUGCAUUCACCCCUGAGAGAGAUCUCCAUUUCUCUAGGCACACUGGUGAUGUUGAUUUUGCUUCUUUGAAGCAUUACCUUUGGGAAUUACAUUUUUUUCGUUGGCUUUCUCUGAAUACAGCUUACUUCAGUGUGGAGUCCACAUCAGAAAGCUUAGACUGUCCCUGCAGUAGUUACUCAUUCAACUUUUCCUCCUUGGAAGUGCUGUACUACUGCAUUCUACUUGUUAGUUUUGAAAUUGAUGCUGAAUGUCUGGGAAGAGGAGGGCUGGUGGAAAGGAGGUUUGGCCAUGCACUGUGCUGAAAGCCUUCCUCUCAACUGUAGGCAGACAAGCACAGAUCUCUGCUAAAGUCAUAGGUAAAAAUUAAUUUAACCAAUGUUUGUCUCUUUUUGUGCAUUACAGUAUGCAAACUGGAGCUAUUCCUCUACUGAAAGGAAGCUUGGAGGGAGAAUAAAAAGAGCAUAUCCAGCUGUGAGCUGAGCUCUGGAGUCAAUGGCAGCGUGUGGGGCAGCAGCCAGCAGAGCCAGCAUGAAAGCAGAACCCCAAGCCAAGGGCACAGAGUGAGAGGUGUGCUGGCAGUGCUGUGUGCUUUGAUUGCAGUGCUCACUGCUCCUGGGCAGGUCUGUAGGUGCAGGUCAGCACUGCUGCCUGUGGCAGAGCUGUAGAGAGCAGGAGUUUGGUGGGAUUUCAGGGACAUCUCAGUGUUCUGCCUCUCC